AUGACGACCGAAAGAGCUGAGCUCACGGCAAGGGUGCUACCUCUGAUAUCCUUGGGAGACGGCUCUCCGGGUUCACUGACGGCCCCGCCUCCGCCACUACCCCGCGAAAUUCCGGCAACAAACAGGGCCCAGGAGCGCUUUCAUGUAACGGGCAAUGCGAUUGUCACUGGUGGAGCCGGGGAUCUUGGCUUCGCUGCAUGCAACGCCCUCCUUGAACAUGGUCUUGAAGGCCUUAUGAUAUUUGAUAUGAACCCAGCGGAGGCACAAGCCAGAGUCACGGUGCUGGAGUCUGACUUUCCACACGCCAAAAUCCGAUUCCUGAAAGUUGACGUGACUGACGAAGAUGGCGUCAACGCUGCAGUUGACGAAACAGUCAAGCUGUUAGGCGGUGUCAGCAUUCUGCUAAGUUUCGCUGGAAUGGUUGCCUGCGGCCAUGCGCUAGACUGGUCCGCAAAGGAUUGGAAUCGGGUGGUGAACGUGAACACGAUUGGCGGUUUCCUUGUUGCUCGUGCGGUAGCUCGGACGAUGAUAGAACGUGGAAUCGGCGGGAGUAUGGUAUUCAUAGCCAGUAUAUCAGGGCAUAGAGUCAACUUCCCCCAACCCCAAGUCUCCUACAACGUGUCUAAAGCUGGGGUGGUGGCUAUGGUGAGGUCGCUUGCUGGCGAGUGGGCAAAAUUUGGAAUUAGAGUAAACAGUAUUUCCCCGGGAUACAUGAACACGAUAUUAAAUGAGGGCGACGGUCUAGAUGAAGCAAGAAAGAUGUGGGCUAGUCGAAAUCCAAUGGGAAGGAUGGGUGAGCCGGAUGAACUGUCAGGGGCCAUUGUGACGCUCGUAAGCCGCGCGGGGAGCUAUAUCAACGGCUCGGACCUUCUUAUAGACGGAGGGCAGACCCUUUUCAUGUAG